GCCACAAGUCAGCUGGGGUGUUUACCCAAAGGGAGGGGGGCUUUUAAAAAACAACCAGGUGCGACCCUUAUAUUCAGGACUCAGCGAGUAGUCUAGAGGCAGUGGGAGGAGGUAGAACCAGACUGGAAUCUACGCUAGACACACUUCCACUAUAGGUUACUCUUGAUUCUAUAUCCUUUUGUGCUUUCUAUUUACACUCCUGACACAUCCCAGGAUGUACACCUACAGUAAACCUGGUCACUUCACCUGGACUGCAACAUUGAGAGAGUGUGGAAGCCUCACUAACAGGGCCCGAUCCAGGCCCGUCAUGGCAGCGCCGAGCUCCAGCGGACUCGAAGUUCUACUCGGGACAUUGCAGAAUGCUGGAGACAUGGAGAGCAUGCUAAACAUCCUCAAUGUCUUGGAUGAGCUGCUGUCGGCAGGCACAGACAGACGGAUUCAUCAUAUGAUAUCAAAAGGAGGGAGCGAGGCUUUGCUGACGGCUCUGGUGAAUUCGGCGCGCAGCUUUACACCCAACUAUACCAUCCUACUGCCACUGCUGCACCUGCUAGCCAAAGUGGGCCAUAGAGAUCGCCAAAUUGGUCUGAAAGCGCAGAAGGCAGAUGCUGUUCUGGUGGUGUUGGGUUUGCUGCGGCAGAAUGUGGAAAACGCACGCAGAGCCGCGGCCUGCCUUUGGGUCCUCAGAGUGUUCUGCUCUUCGGUGACCACAGCUGAGCUGCUGGGGAAGAACCGAGGGCUGGAUGUGGUCUUCAGGCUUAUGUCUCCACACACCACCAAACACUUGCGCACCGUCAAGGCAGCUGCUGACGCCUUCACUGCAAUGUUAUGCUCAAAGAUGAACUGUCGGACCGCUGUGGCGAAAGGCUACAUCGCAGAUCUUCUGAAGCUGUACGAAGACUGGCACAACAAUGACACCAACCUCAAGAACGUUCCUAUCCGUAGAGCCCUACUUUAUUGCCUUCACCUUGCCGCCAGCUCAUCUGUGGGCAGAGACGCUAUAGUGGCUGUAGAUGGCAUAAGUCUUCUCUUCCAAACCACUCAGACCUGCCUGACCAUGAAAGGCCUGGAGUCUCUGGUGGAGCCUGCCAUCCAGCUGAUGAGGAAAUGCAAUCCCAAAAUCCCUCUUCCGCUGACCUCCGAUAGGAGCGCUUACAGCUUUCCUCUUCCUUCUAGACCUGUCGAUGACUGGGAAGCUGAUUUAGAACUCUACGACGGCAGUUCGGAAGAUGACAGUGAAGAAGACGCGGAGAACGAGGAACCAGACAACAGGGACUAUGAGGAUGAUUUGGAAACUGAUGUGAACAAGCUGCGUCCCCGACCCGAACCUGACCGGCCCCUGGAGCAGCUGGGCCAAUAUGUGCAUCUCUGCCCCGAACUUCACCAUGACUUCCAGGAUUUAGACUCCAGCUCUGAGGUCGAUGAAAGCUCAGACGAUGACAGCAUUCUGGAAGGUGAAUCGAACUACAAGCUGAAUGACCACAGAAAUUCUGCAUCACCGUCCAUUCGAGAAAACCACUUCAAGACAAACGACUUCCAUAAACACUAUUUUGGCUGCUCGAGGAAAGGACAAGAAGGCCAGUCCAGCAUGGUGGAUCGUCUUCUAGAGAAGUAUGGAACAUCCAUUCCCAACCAUGAUCCACGUCUCUAUGCGGCCACCGCAGCUGAUACCAAGUCAAUUGCUGGAUACUCUAUCCUAGCCUUUCCUGACUUUUGGGGUCACUUGCCUCCACAAGAGCAAGAACCCAUGGCUAAAAGACCACCACAUGUGCAAAGAAAGAAAGUUUUUGAAGACCUCAAGCGUGUCAUUUGUCCUGAGGACAUGAUCAACAAGGUUGUUUUUGACAUGGAUGAACCCAGUCUCCAGUGUCCCUCCGAUGUGUGUCCCAGUUCCCUUCGAUUCUUCUCUAAAUUUGAGAGUGGAAACCUGCGAAAAGCCAUUCAAGUCCGCAGUCAUGAAUAUGAUUUGAUUCUCAAUGCCGACGUCAACUCCUCUGCACACUGCCAGUGGUUUUAUUUUGAGGUCAGCGGCAUGAUGGCCAACGUCCCUUAUCGAUUCAACAUCAUCAAUUGUGAGAAAGGAAACAGCCAGUGUAACUACGGCAUGCAGCCUGUGCUGUAUUCAGUGAGGGAGGCUCUGGAGGGAAGACCACACUGGCUGCGAACAGGCUCUGAGAUCUGCUACUACAGAAAUAAUUUUUGCCCUAGAAGAGGUCAAAAGCAUCCUUUCUACACGCUGACCUUCACGGUGACCUUUCGCCAUGAAGAUGACGUGUGCUAUUUGGCCUAUCACUACCCUUACACCUACACAACUCUUCAGACUCAUCUGAAGAUGUUGGAGAAAUCAGUAGACCCCCGGAAAGUUUUCUUCAGGCACCAAAACCUCUGCGACACACUGGGGGGAAACUCCUGCUCCUUAGUCACGAUCACAGCCUGCCCCACUUCCAGAGCCUGGAAACAUCUGCACCAGCUGCGUAACCGGCCGUGUGUGGUUCUGACCGCGCGGGUCCAUCCAGGCGAGAGUAACGCCAGCUGGGUUCUCAAAGGCACGCUGGAGUUUCUGUGCAGUGAUGAUCCAGUGGCAGAGAGUCUGAGAGAGGCUUACAUCUUCAAGAUCGUCCCCAUGCUCAACCCGGACGGGGUCAUUAAUGGCAAUAAUCGCUGUUCCCUCACCGCUGAGGAUCUCAACAGACAGUGGCUGAAGCCGGACCCUAAUUUAAGCCCCACAAUUUACCACACCAAAGGUUUCCUCUAUUACCUCAACAGCAUAGGCAGGACUCCACUGGUGUUUUGCGAUUACCAUGGUCACUCCAGGAAGAAGAAUGUGUUUCUGUAUGGCUGCAGUAUGAAGGAAACGCUCUGGCAGUCUGGAUCUCCUAUUAACACAGCCUCGCUGAAAGAAGACCCGGGAUACAGGACUAUCGCUAAAACGCUGGACAGAAUCGCGCCGGCGUUCUCGUUGAACAGUUGCAACUAUCUGGUGGAGAAGUCCCGGGCAUCCACGGCACGGGUGGUGGUUUGGAGGGAGAUCGGGGUCCUGCGUAGCUACACCAUGGAGAGCACAUACAAUGGAUGCAAUCAAGGCCUCUACAAGGGUCUGCAGACGGGCACGCAGGAGCUAGAGGAGAUGGGCCUGAAGUUCAGCCAGAGUCUGCUCACUCUCAGGAGGAACUCAGCUCAUUACAGCAGCCGUCUGAUCCAGCACACGUCGGCUCUGCUCGACCUGGACGACCGGUUGCUGCCUCACAAGUCCAACACUUGUUUUGAGGACGACGAGCCGCCAUGCGCUGAACAAAUCGAGUACUCCUCUUCAUCCUACAGUGACCCGUUGAGCAGCAGUGAACUGGACAAUGAAGUGAACGGAAACACCUCUAGCGCCGAGGAAGACGACGACGAUGUAACCAUCUGCAAAAACAAACGGAGAAAAAACAACCAGACGUCCCGACUCGUCCCACGCUUCAUACAACAGGAGGCACUCAGCAUCAACAGCAAACACUGCAACGGCAUCGACAUCAGUAACGGAUACCUCUAUUAAAGCCCUCAUCUUUGUCUUUUGUGUUAUUUAUAUUUUAUAUUAGCACCUCCUAAAGUCCUUGUGAAGCAGAAAUAGCUACGACUUUUAGAUCAGUAUGGUAAAGUACUUCCAACUGAAAUGGAAUAUUGAGUCGGGGUGGGGCUUUCAUUUUGUGCAUCAUUCCCUCGUAGGAAACUAAAGGCCCUUUUAUACUAAACAUAGUAAAGAUAUUGUUCUGAAAAAAUGUCAGUGUUAAAUAAAUUAUGAUAUAGAUAGAGAAAAAUGUUAUCAUUGGGAUCACUUUCGAAACAAAUUUUCCCAGAUGAUGAAUAAUAAAACACUGACAACCAAUCCAUUAAAAUGUAAAGCUGUGUUCACACCGAACGUGCAUUAAUCGCGAUAUUCGCACGUAAAUAGACGCAUGAACAUUUUGAGUUUACUCGCUUCAUUUGUGCGUCAAAUCCACUUCCUUCAAAUUCACGUCAAAUUCACUGAGCAAUAAACACAGAUUUGCAUGAUGGGCAGGGCUUCUUUCGAUGACUCUAGUUUCGUUGCUAAAUGGCUAACAUGGAUUUUAUUGACACAAUGGCUAUGUUUAUGUGCUUUAUGAAGGCUGAAAAACAGCGUUGAUACGUUUGGAGCCGUGUCUAAGUUCAUUAGAUCCUUUCGGGUGCAUCCAGCUCUCUGAGGGCUUCUGUCUGCCUGUGAGUGUAGCUUCAUUGCUAAAUGGCUAACAUGGAAUAUUUUGAACGAAUAGCUGUGUUUAUGUUCUUUACAAAGGCCGAAAAACAGUGUUGAUUCAUUUGGAGCCGUGUCUGAGUCCUCUAGAUUCUUUCUGAGGUGCACCCAGCUCUGUGAGCUCAUAAUCUCCUCCAGAAACGUAGCCUGGGUGAUGGAGGCUUUCAGCGGUGCUCCUGACUGAGCCAAGCCCAGUUUGAUGAACUUUUGUCAGUGUCUGCAGGAGAAUUUCCCCCCUGGAAACCAACAAAAGGUGCUAAGUCAUAAUCACGCCCCCACAAGAGUAAGCUCCUGAUUCGUUAACACAGCCCAAAUGAUCGCUGAAGGUCAGAUUUUCGAAAUCAAGCGAUUCGCACGUUAAGCACAUCAAUCGCGCAAAACGCUCAACUCGUGCUGCCUCAUUCGCGCCGCCUCAUUCUCGCGUAUCGUGCCGCAGGAUGUCUAUUCGUGCCUUUGCAUUGACUUAACAUGUACUGUAAGUCACUCGAGUUUUGACGCUUCUUCCGCGUCUGACUGACAUAUAGAAGUAUAAAAAUAAAAGUACCUCGGGUAUUCAGUAUAGUUUUAGCAUCUUUGUGUUGCCUUCUUUUUCAAAUGCUAAGGAAACAAUUAGUUUUAUUCCUCUAAAUUUAACAGUGAUUAAGAUCACUAAAUAUUUUUUGAUUAGAUUGCGCAUGACAUCACAAGCUGGAUUACCUUAACAGAUGCACUAGUUGCACACUGAGGAUGCCUGCUGAUUACAAGGGGUAAUGCUAAUUUUUAAGCAUAUUCUAAAAAGUAACAGAUUUCUAUUGCUUGCCAGCGUGGACGUAAAUAUAUGUAUUGUUAUAUUUCUAUUUGUCGUUACUUCAGAUGCGGAAGCAAAUCGUCGGACUUUAAAUUUACCAAAACAAACUUUUUUUGUUUAGUGGAUUCAUUUGCGUGCAUUAAUUGUUCACCUAAAGAAUAACAACAUGCCCUAGCAAAGUAAACAUUGUAUAUUUUGAUUUCACAUGGACUUUAAGAGCAAGACAGAAACAUUUUGUUAUUUAGAGUCUGAAAUGAGACAUUUGGUAGAUUGCACUUGUUUUACCACAUAGAGAAUAUUAAACAGUGUUUAUCGUAUAAAGAACAGCACUUGAAAAGUAAGAGUAAAGUUUACUUAUAUGUAUUUAUUUAAUGUUUACGCUUGAAAAUUUGUCAUAUUAUAUAUAUAUAUAUAUAUAUAUAUAUAUAUAUAUAUAUAAUGUGUGUCAUAGUGUUACGUGUAUUGAAAUAUUCCUAAUAAUAAUAACAAUGAUACCGAUGAUGAUAAUGAUAAAAACAGUAGGUUUUUGUAUGAGUAAACUGUUCUAAUUGAAAGUAUAUUCAAAUUAUGCAAAAUAUUGUUGUUAUCAUUAUUAUUAUUAUUAGUAGUAGUUGUAGUAGUAAUGUCAUAAUUCUAAUCGUUAUUGUAUAAUAAUAAUAAUAAUAAUACUAACAUGUACUUAUUUUUACGUAUGAGCUGCAUUAGAUUAUUAAAUGAUAAAAAACUUAUUAUAUUAACAAAUAUUAUCCCUUGAAUAAUUAUUCAAAUUUUCCUUCUAAUUUUGAUCCUAAUUUUGAAUCAUUUUCAAAUAAAUUAGGUAGUCAUUUUGUAGUUCACAUAGUGCAUAUUACUUUUGUUUGAAAGUAUGUUCAAAGCAUAAAUUUGAAUAUAUUUAUUAUUAUUAUUAUUGUUGUUGUUGUUUUGAAUAUUAUUAUUAUUAUUAUUAGAUAUGGUAUUACUUUGUUUUCUUUGUUAUCGUAUUUGUUUGUAUAUGCAUGCAUGCAUAUUCUGUAAAAAAAAAAAAAAAAAGAACAAGUGAGUUGAUUAGAAAUAUUAUUAGGCAAACAGGGUACAGACUGUCAAUAUCUGUUUAUAAGAACAGUCAGAUUCAAAGCACUGAAACAUAGACAGACAUUAAAAUACAGUCAGAUACAGC